AUGUUGGACCCAGAUAUUUCAAAUGCUUUAGCUGCCAAAUAUAUUGCAGUUCCACUUAUGUUCCCUAUACACCAAAUAUCUGUCAAAGACUUUGCAGGUGAAGUUGGAAACCAAAAUCCAGGAGCCGCAGGUGCAAGAACAGAUAUUGCUUUAACAACUGCAAUGAAACAUGCAGAUACUAUGUUUGUACUGUUCAGACGAACUAUAAAUGACUAUUCUUGUUUCUACAACCCUGGUAUUAAAUAUCAUAUAAACAUAGAUGGCAAAUAUUAUCCAAGAGAAGAAUAUUCUACAGUUGAGGAUAUGAGGUCAUACAACUUGACAUUAGAUGCUAUGAACUUUAACAACAACUUCACAACAACUAUUAACCCUGAAAUGCAAAGUUCUAUUAUGCCAUAUGUGAAAGUAUGG